CGAGCAUACCUCCAAUUCAGGACACUCACGACAGCCUUGAGAUAGCAAUGGCCGACGAAGACGAGGAUAUCUCACAUCUGCGAGCACCAAACGCCGUAGACCUUGAUCUGACGGAGGAAACGCAGGAUUUCCGAUUUCUCGACAAGCUCACAGCACAAGACACCGACGAACGCACCCUUCCCAAGCGCGGCGAAAAAGACUUCGAAAGCCAUGCGACGAACCUGCAGCUUGAGACACUCGAGGCCUCGCGCCGGGCCAUGCACGGCGUGCUGUCAUGGCAGCGCACACACACCCAGAAGAAUCACAUCUUGGCAAUGUACGAACCUGACAGCAACACGGCAUACGUAGACAAAGUCAAGUCGCAGCAUUUCCAGACUAUGGGUACACCGAGAGGUGGGAAGGAGUGGCUUCUCCCGGAAGAAGCGCUCUUUCUCAUUGAGAGAGGGACAGUGGAUUGCCGGUGGCCGGCGAAGCGCGAGGAUGGCGAUGAGGAGGUCUACAAGAUUGAAGAUUGCGCGCCAAUGAGUUUGCAGGCUGCUUAUGCGACGUUCAUUGGUUUUGAGGGCGGGAUUGGAGGAAAACUGACGCUGGAGAUGUAUAAUGUCUAUGCUGGGCUGAAGAGAUCCGGAUAUGUCGUCUUCCGGACAGGAUCAUGGGACGAUGACCGAGGGGAGCUGCUACUUGCAGGAACAAAUGGAGCGCAGGAUAAACCAGCAAGAGGCCUCAUCACACGGUUCUUCUCCGAAAUCUGGCGGCGUCUGAGCCAGCCAACGCAUACCACAACACCAGAGCAACUCGCAUUCGGACCUCUUGUCAAACCUGGCUUGUUCAGAAGCUACGCCGACAUAUACCGCCUGCUCCAAAUUAUCCCCACGCACGACCGCACAUCACCACCAUCGUUCAUGCUCCCUCCAUCUACAGAUAACUCCUUCAGAGUUCACUUCGACGUCUAUCGCACUACAGCAAAAUUCCGAAAGAGCGCUCGCGGCCCGCCAGACUUCCGCAUCUGCGUCAUCGAUGCGCGCUCUACACCAAUCCCUACAGGGGCGCAAUUGAACGAUCUCCUGGCACAAGUGCCAGAAGAUAGGCCAAAGGAAAGCGACCAGCCAUACCAGAAGCUGAAGCACGGGCACAGGAACGUGCUUUUGGCGGUCGUGGAUAAUGGCAUCCCGAGCUAUCUUAGGGUUGCUGAUAGUCCGUUUGAGGACGUGAAGCUGUAUGAGAGGGCGGGACCAAGAGGGAAGGGCGGGAGAGGAAGGGGUGGCAGGGGCAGAGGUAGAGGGCGAGGAAGGGGAAGAUGAAGCAACUGGACUCUACGAGCUACGACAACUACGGCGUACCAUGCAUUCCAAGGUUUCCAGUCGUUGAGCAUGCACGGUCGAAAUUAAAGCGAUACCCUAACGUACAAGCCGCCUUAAAGGGGGCCCACUAGGUCUUCACGAGAUCGUACACUGGCGUACAAGCCUUCUUUGAGGGGUCGGGACACCGUUCACAAGAUCAUCGCAAGUCAUCCAGUCCAGUCACUUCGACGCUGUCUGGAAUGGUCUCUAAGCCAUUGAAAGCGACACGGAUUCGAGUCUGCGGCAGCUUAAUGCUGAUAAAGCAUCAUCUAUGAUAAACGACAAUUUUGGAGCCAGCCUAAAACAUGUGCUGUGCUAUAUAAAGUUUGAUGGGAGAUGAUGAGUAGCCUGAUUUUUCAGUAAAAGAAUAUCAUCCAAGCU